CUUUCCCACCUCAACGAACCUAACUUCCCUUUGCAUUCAUGAGCUUCACCAUCCCAUCCACUCCCUUUGGUCACCAUCUUGAUUUCCAUCACCUUUUUACCCCUCCCCCCGAAAUCCUUCCUUCAACUUGUUCUUCGCUUUGUGUUUUACUUUAUAAAGAUAUAUAAGCUUACCUGCAGCUGCUUCUUUGGGUUCAUUUUAAUUCCUUGGUUGCUGCAUCAUUGUUUCUCCAUUUCUGGUAAAAAGAUAGAGUCAAUGGAGGGUAUAUCUAAAGAUAUUGCAGUCCUUGUGCCAUUAGUCUAGGUGACUUGAUGUCUAAAGAUUUGAGAACGAUGUCAACGCGCAUAGACCGUGCUCCGUAUAAUCUUACUGCCGAGAAGACGAGUUUGUUGCCAAAUCAACCUUGUGAGUUCACCUGUGGCAGAAUCCAAGGUUUCCAUGGUGCUGGUUUGUCAAAUCAUCAAGGAGGUGAGGGCGAUGUGCCCGUAUCCUUUGGUGUGGAUCAUGAAAAUUCAUGUCCUCAAUCUAUAGCUCAUAGAUCUAAUCCAAAAUCAUCAGAAUCGUUUCUUGAGGUAUCAGCUACUCUGUUAGGGGAAAGGAAUAUAAGUGAUGUUCAAGAUGUCAAGAGGGUUGCCAUGGAUCUUGCAGGGGACGACAACAAUCGGCUCAAUGAGUAUAAUCCAAGAUCACCUGAGUCAUUUCUUGAGGUGCCGCAACGAAAAAAGAUGAGAAAAACCGAAAGCCAUUGUCUGUUUGAAUCAAAUAACAUACCUCUUUGGGGAUUUACAUCCAUUUGCGGUAGGAGAAUACAGAUGGAAGAUGCUGUUGUGGCUAUACCUCGAUUCUUGCAAGUUCCUCCUCGAAUACUGAAUGUCGAGAGCGUAUCGAAUCAAACGAGCAAUAUAAGCAACUUAACUGCUGAUUUCUAUGCCGUGUACGACGGACAUGGAGGCUGUCAGGUUGCGAAUUAUUGCCGUGAACGUAUGCAUACGGCUUUGGCCGAGGAGAUAGAAAUGACAAAAGCAUGUAUUCUUGACGGAAACAUCGGAUACGACUGGCGGGAACAAUGGCAGAAAGCGUUCUUAAAUUGUUUCGUCAAAGUUGAUACCGAGAUCGGAGGAGUUCAUAGAGGCCACGUCUCGGAAACCGCUGGUUCUACCGCUGUAAUUGCAGUUGUUAGUCCGACACAUAUAAUCGUUGCCAAUUGUGGUGAUUCAAGGGCAGUUCUCUCCCGUGGAAAAUUUCCGAUCCCAUUGUCCAUAGACCACAAACCUGAUAGAGAAGAUGAACAAGCAAGAAUUGAAGCCGCAGGUGGCAAAAUCAUACAAUGGAAUGGCCCUCGAGUUUCGGGUGUUCUCGCAAUGUCAAGGUCAAUCGGUGACAAGUACUUGAAACCAUGGAUUAUUCCAGACCCGGAAGUGACAUUCGUUAGUCGAGCAAACGACGACGAAUGUCUUGUUUUAGCAAGUGAUGGAUUGUGGGACGUGCUUAGCAAUGACGAAGCCUGUGAAGUUGCGCGGAAGCGGAUCGGUUUGUGGCGUAAAAAGUACAGAGAUAAAUCUAAUGGUGAAGGGAUUGAUGGUGCAGCUCAAUCUGCAGCAGAGUACCUAUCAAGGCUUGCUCUUAGUAAAGGAAGCAAAGAUAAUAUUAGUGUCAUUGUGGUGGACCUGAAAGCCCAUACAAAAUUUAAGAACAAAACCUGACACUGGGAUCUCUUGCUGGUGAAUAUUUCACACGGAUCGGCUCUAUACUGUUUUGGGUUUGGGUUGGGGUUAUUUGAAUUUAAAGCUCCUGUUUUUUAAGUUAGAUAAUUAUCGGUUUAAAUCAUUUUAGAUUUUGAUCAUUUGGGUUCGGAUUAGUUUUGGGAUUGAGGUAGAUGGAGUCUGAUUUGUUUUAUUUUUAUUUUUAUUUUUUAUAGUUAAAUUGGAUUAGAUGCAAGCUAUUUUUUGCAUACACGAUUUUGCCAAUUGAGGGUUGAGUUGAACUGAUUCAUUUAGAGCUUAAUAUAAAUGAUUCGAAGGUUGUUGUAAAAUGUUAAAUGUUUUAAAAAUUAUAAAUUCCAAAUUAAUCAAUAA